GAAAAUGGUGACGGCGCUGGACAAGAACUGGCACCCGGAGCACUUCUGCUGCGUCAAGUGUGGGCAGCCCUUCGGCGAGGAGGGCUUCCUGGAGAAGGACGGCCAGCAGUACUGCCGCCAGGACUUCGCUGAGCUCUUCUCCAGCCGGUGCCGGGGCUGUGGGGGGCCCAUCCUGGAGGGCUACAUCGCUGCCCUGGAGGGGCUCUGGCACCCCGAGUGCUUCGUCUGCCGGGAGUGCUUCGCGCCCUUCGUGGGGGGCAUGUUCUUUGAGGACGGGGGCCACCCCUACUGCGAGCGUCACUUCCACGCCCGGCGGGGCUCGCUGUGCCGGGGCUGUGGGGAGCCCAUCGCCGGCCGCUGCAUCACGGCCAUGGCCCAACGCUUCCACCCCGAGCACUUCGUCUGCGCCUUCUGCCUCCGGCCCCUCUCCAAGGGCACCUUCCAGGAGCAGGAGGGCAAGCCCUACUGCCAGCCCUGCUUCCUACGCCUCUUCGGGUGAGGCCACCACGGCCCCCUUCCCCCCACCACCACCACCGCUCCCCACCUCUCAGCCCCACCGAUGGUGCCUCCUGGUGCGGGGUGACCCGUAGAGGGCCAACGGACACCCUGCAACCACCACAAGAACAUUCCGUUGGGGGGGGUGCACCAUUGGGGUGGUCUUCAAGGUGCUCCGUAGUGCUUGGAGGGGGAAGGGCACCCUUGCAUGGGGAUCCGGCACCCUCGAGGUGCCUCCUGGUGUGGGGUGCCCCACAGAGGUGCAGUGAAGAGCCCGCAACCAUCACAAGAACAUUCCAUGGGUGAACCGUUGGAUGGGGUGCACCAUUGAGGUGGUCUUCAGGGUUGUCCAUGGUGCUUAGGGGUCCUCGUGCGUGGGGAUCUGGCACCCUUGAGGUGCCUCAUGGUGUAGGGUGCCCCACAGAGGUCCAAUGGAGACACCCUGGGACCACAACAAGAACAUUCCAUGGGUGAACCGUUGAAUGGGGGGCACCACUGGGGGUGGUCAUGGAGGUGCCUUGGGGCACUUGGAGACCUCAUGCAUGGGCCCCUUGAGGUGGUCCGUAGUGUAGGGUGCCCCAUGGAGAUCAAAUGGGUACCCCAUGACCACCCCAUGGAUGGAGUGCUCCAUGGAGGUGGUCAUGGAGGUGCCCCCACAGUACUUGGGAGCCUCACCCGGGGGUCCCUCACCCCAUGGUGUGGGGUGGCCUCAUAAAUACCCUGCGGGGGUUCCAUGGGGGCUCCACAGUGCACUGUGACCCACGGAUCUGGCCAUGGACUUUCUGUGGGGUGGUCUCUGUGCCUGGUGCAGGGUUGGAAGGACUGGGGGGCACUGGUGGUCCCGGGGGGGGGCACUGGGGGCCUCCGUGGGUCGCACUUGCUCUUUGCUUGCACAUG